CAGGCUCCUGACAUUUACUUUGGUGCGGUGUGUGCAGUUUACUUCAGCUCAGGGUGCAGGUACUCCUGGAAAAUGAGACUCUUUGUGGCGACCAUUUCUGUGGCGAUACUCUUUGCUGCCCGUGUCCACGGUGAUGUCCAGCCCCAGAAAGACUUCGACCUGCAGAGGUUUUCAGGAAAGUGGUACCGCGUGGGUUUUGCCUACGACUCGCUGAGCUUUGUGCCGUACCGAAACCAGCUGAGAAUCAACGUGGGUGUCCUGACACCACUGGCCAAUGGGAACGCCAACAUGUCCAUGUGGUCCCAGAGGUCAUCAGGUUGCCGCUGUGAUGUUUACGUAUAUGAGAAGACAGCUGUACCUGGCCAGUUCACAUACUUCAGCACUCGUCACAACAGGAUGAAGGACAUUACAGUGGUGGAAACAAAUUACAGCGAAUAUGCUCUGGUCCUGAAACACAAGAAGAUGAAUAGAGAGUUCACACAAGUAGCCCUCUAUGGUCGCUCACAUAAUUUGAGUCUACAGCUUUUGGAAAAGUUCAGAGAAUUUUCCUUGAGUCGUGGAUUUCCCAGAGACUCCAUUUUGACCCCUAAAGUUGUCGAUGACUGUCCUCCUGCUGGAAAAUAGCUGCAGGAUCUACUUCACAGCAGAACACUAUAGCGCUUGCCCUGCUUUACACCCUCCCAGACCAUCGAUUCUACAUGAAGUGCCAAGACAAAGCAUCUGGACUUUCUUUAUUGCACUGGACUAUAAGCCCAAAUGCAGCAUUCCUGCCCCACACGCUGGCUUACACACUUCAGGGUUGUUGCUGAAUAACAAAUUGUGUCUGAGUUUGAAACUUAUAAAUAUGGGGUAAAAAUCAUGUAUAAGUGUAUGGCUGAAUAAAUGUGCAGUUCCAUUCGUCA